UAUCCAAUUGGGCCUAAGUGAAACAGAGGAUCACGCCUCCACUCAGAUCCACAUAAUUGUUUUUAAGAACUACUAAAAAAAAGAAACAAUUAGCAAAUCAGAUUUGCAUCAUCAGACAAGAAGAAAUUCAUCGCCAUGGGACAAGUCUUCGACAAGCUCCGAGGUAAGCAGUGGAGGCAUAAACAGGUACAAGCGAUAUGUGAUCGGGUAUUCGAUCGGUUCAAGCUUGAAACCGGAAGAGCCAAUCUUACGUUCGAAGAGCUGUACAUCGCCGUCCUUCUCGUCUACAAUGACAUAAACAAGCGAUUGCCUGGUCCUCAUUUCGAUCCGCCUUCCAAGGAUCUGGUCCGAAGCAUGAUGACGGAGUGUGAUAUGAACUUGGAUGGAGAAAUAGACCGGGAGGAGUUUGUGAAGUUUAUUGAGCUGCUUACGACUGACACAUUAGCGGUUGUGAGUCAGGGUUUGAUCAUAUCGUUGAUUGUGGCUCCCACUGUGGCUAUUGCUACAAAGAAGGCCACGGAAGGUGUCCCAGGUGUUGGGAAAGUGGUGCAUAAGCUGCCUACUUCUGUGUAUGCUACUCUUGUGACCCUUGCUGUGGUGUGGGUGAAUUCCGAUACUAGUUGAGGAGGAGCUUCUAAGAUUAGCAAAAGCUUGCUGCAAAAUAAAUAUCCUUUUUGUCUCUACUAUUUCUUACAAGAACUUGUUCUUUUAGCACGAAAUUAUUGAAUAACUCAACUGUUGAGUGAAAUAGUUUGUUAAAAACAAUCAUAGGUGGAUGAUAAAACACCUACCUUCAUUUCCAUAUUUCAAGCUUUGCUAAAUGGUCAA